UCAUAGAUCCUCCUAAUUUUUACUUGAAUUCCAAUUAUAACGUUUAUUUUUAUUUUUUUGGAGAAAUUAUAACAUUUAUUUAUGUAUAAUAUGUCACUCCUUUCUCUUUGUCUCUCUCCAUCCACAGCUCGAGUUUAAGCUUGAUUUGAACGAGCUAGGAGGAAGCAACAGUUUGCAAUUUCUUGUGAAUUAGGGUUUUAGUUUUAGCUAGAGAGAUGGGUAGCCCUCCCCGGACGAAUGAAAGUAAGGGUUUUUUUGCGGCCAUGUCUUCGGGCUUGUCCAUGUUCAGCAACGCUAUGCACCGAUCUGUCAACGGGUUGCUGGGAUAUGAAGGUGUAGAAGUCAUAAAUCCAGAGGGAGGUAAAGAAGAUGCAGAGGAAGAAGCUCAGAGAGGAAGAUGGAAACAGGAGGAAAGAGAUAGUUAUUGGAAGAUGAUGCAGAAAUAUAUUGGCUCAGAUGUAACAUCAAUGGUGACACUACCAGUUAUUAUCUUUGAACCAAUGACUAUGCUUCAGAAAAUGGCCGAGUUGAUGGAGUACUCCUACUUGUUAGAUCAGGCAGAUGAAUCGGAGGAUCCAUACAUGCAGUUGGUGUAUGCAUCAUCAUGGGCUAUAUCUGUGUACUUUGCAUACCAACGAACCUGGAAGCCUUUCAAUCCUAUCCUUGGAGAGACUUAUGAAAUGGUUAACCACGGUGGAAUCACAUUUCUAGCGGAACAGGUGAGUCAUCACCCACCAAUGAGUGCUGGGCAUGCUGAGAAUGAGCAUUUUACAUAUGAUGUGACUUCAAAGUUAAAAACUAAGUUUUUGGGAAAUUCUGUUGAUGUUUACCCUGUUGGAAGAACGCGUGUGACCCUUAAGAGGGAUGGUGUAGUCUUAGAUCUGGUGCCACCUCCUACAAAGGUUAACAACCUGAUAUUUGGCCGGACUUGGAUUGAUUCACCUGGGGAAAUGAUAAUGACGAAUUUGACAACUGGAGACAAAGCCGUACUAUACUUUCAACCAUGUGGAUGGUUUGGUGCUAGUCGCUAUGAAGUGGAUGGAUAUAUUUAUAAUUCUUCUGAGGAGCCUAAAAUAUUAAUGACUGGGAAGUGGAAUGAGUCAAUGAGUUAUCAACCUUGUGAUUCAGAAGGAGAGCCUCUACCAGACACGCAAUUGAAAGAGGUUUGGCAUGUUGCUGAUGUUCCACCUAAUGAUAAAUUCCAGUAUACAUAUUUUGCUCAUAAAAUAAACAGCUUUGACACGGCCCCUAGAAAGUUGUUGGCAUCGGACUCCCGUCUACGCACAGAUAGAUAUGCACUCGAGAUGGGUGAUCUGUCCAAAGCUGGGACAGAAAAGACCAGUUUGGAGGAGAGGCAGCGUGCUGAAAAGAGAACACGAGAAGCAAAAGGGCAUAACUUCAAACCAAGAUGGUUUGAUUUAACUGAAGAAGUGACACCAACUCCAUGGGGAGAUUUGGAAAUCUACCAAUAUAACGGUAAAUACACUGAACACCGGGCUGCUGCUGAUAACUCGAGCAGUGUUGAUGAUAUUGAUAUCAAAUCAAUUGAAUUCAAUCCAUGGCAGUUUGGCAACUUGUCCACGGAAUGAAGUAGUUCCAAUUUGCUUUUGGUUUUUGGAUGCUGCAGUUAAUUUAUGUAACGUUUUUGUUGAUGCAUGGAAGAAAUCUAAUGUGUUUUUGGUUGUGUUGUUGGGUUGAGUACAUUGUAUAUACAGUUCUCUUUCUGCCUUAAUUGAUCUAUCUUGUGAUAUUGAAUGUUUAG